AUGACCAACAAUCUUACUCAAUCUGCAUCAUUACAAGGAAUCUAUUUGAACCUUGACAUCACUUGGCUGAUUUUAAAAAUCGUGGCAGAUUUUGCUCCGAUCAUCAGAAUGAUUCGUCUUACAAGAUCUGGGGAUGUAAAAGAUGUUAUUUGUCUAGGAUUCGAACUCUUUGUGUCCCAACUCUUACCUUCUACGAACUUUUCGUUGUCGUCAAAUAUUUGA